UGCAGCUUAUGCACACCAUGGCCAGCAACAACACGCGAGACAUCAAGCUUUUACAGGUCAUAAUGACACCCGGGAGUGACAUCUCUCUCACAGGCAUCUGAGACAUGGACUUGUCCUAUUCUCGGGAACGGAGGCAAUCCCUGCAUCCACCUGGCAGGCAGGGCUAUGACGAAUUCGGGAACGUCAAGGUGAUUCCCGAAGAAAGCGACAGCAUGAUUGACAGGCGUGAACAUCCGCUCAACUCUGUCAUGAUUGAGGAGGAGCCCGAGGUCGACCGGUGCUCGAGAGUCACCAUCCUAAGGAAAAGCCGCAACACGAGGUCGUCAGCAGGCAGACGUAGCAGCCUCUUGGACACCACGCCUGUUGCCCUCGACGUUGACCAGGAUUCCGACUCCGCGGUGCCAACAUUUAAAGUGGUCGACCAGAAAGCAUCGAUCCUUUUGAGAGAAGUCAUGGGACAGGAGAAGACCGUGGUCUGUGCAGAGUCCGUAGUCCUAUCACCUCCAGACAAGGUACAAUGA